AUGGUUUCUGCCAAGGAGCCAGCCAUCGCCAUGUCCUCGGGUCUCUCCAUCGCCCUCCUGCACUGCCUGUGCCUGGCGACCUGUCUCACCGGGCCGCCAGGGCAGAUCAAAAAAGAGGAGAAAUUGUGGCCGGAGAAUUUCACCAGCAUCCUGAACAGCCUCCUGGAUGGCUAUGACAACCGGCUGCGACCGGGAUUUGGGGGUCCUGUUACUGAAGUCAAAACAGAUAUAUAUGUCACCAGUUUUGGACCUGUUUCUGAUGUAGAAAUGGAAUAUACAAUGGAUGUCUUCUUUCGUCAGACAUGGGUAGAUAAAAGAUUAAAAUAUGAUGGCCCUAUUGAAAUUUUAAGACUUAACAACUUGAUGGUUUCGAAGGUAUGGACUCCUGAUACUUUCUUCAGGAAUGGGAAAAAGUCUGUUGCACAUAAUAUGACAGCCCCAAAUAAACUCUUCAGAAUAAUGAGAAACGGCACCAUCCUGUACACAAUGAGGCUUACAAUAAGUGCAGAGUGUCCCAUGAGAUUAGUGGAUUUUCCCAUGGAUGGUCAUGCUUGUCCUCUCAAAUUUGGGAGUUAUGCUUAUCCAAAGAGUGAAAUGAUUUAUACCUGGACAAAAGGACCUGAGAAGUCAGUGGAAGUUCCUGAGGAGUCUUCCAGUUUAGUUCAGUAUGACCUGCUUGGGCAUACGGUAUCCUCUGAAACUAUUAAAUCCAUCACAGGUGAAUAUAUUGUUAUGACAGUUUAUUUCCACCUCAGAAGGAAAAUGGGUUAUUUUAUGAUUCAGACCUAUAUCCCGUGCAUUAUGACCGUGAUCCUCUCUCAAGUUUCAUUUUGGAUAAAUAAGGAAUCCGUUCCUGCUAGGACUGUAUUUGGAAUAACCACAGUGUUGACAAUGACGACGCUGAGCAUCAGUGCAAGACAUUCACUGCCGAAAGUAUCCUAUGCUACUGCCAUGGACUGGUUCAUAGCGGUUUGCUUUGCCUUUGUGUUCUCUGCUCUUAUUGAGUUUGCUGCUGUCAACUAUUUUACUAACAUUCAAAUGGAAAAAGCCAAAAGGAAGACGGUAAAGUCCCUUCUUGAAUUUCCAGUUGCUCCAGUACAAAGAAAAAGAAAGCCUGAUGCAGGUCUUCAGAAUACAGAUGCCAAUUCAAAUGUGAGGAAAAGAACAAAUGCCACAGUACAGUCUGAAGCUGAUGGUGGGAGCCGAAUUGACACAAGGCACAGCUCUGUCCAGCCUCCCUCUGUAGCUCAGGGGUCUUCUGACAUUACACCCCACUCCCUUUCUGCAUCAAGUCCCAACCCUUUCACACGAAUCAACGCAUCGGAGACAUUAUCUUCUGCAAGAGCUACCCCUCCAGCUCCUCCUUCUACCCCAAUUUUAACUGGAUUUGUAUCCCAGCAUGCCACAGCUGGAUCCCCUUCCAUUCAGCACUUGCUUGGAUCUAGACUGGAGCAGAUUCAGACCACCACACCUAAUACAUUAGGAGCAUCUGCAAAGCCAUCUGCUGUCAUACCACCUCCUCCCCCCGCCUCCCACUCUGGCACGAGUAAGAUAGACAAAUAUGCACGCAUUUUAUUUCCUGUUACCUUUGGAGCAUUUAACAUGGUCUACUGGGUGGUGUAUCUAUCCAAGGAUACCAUGGAAAAAUCGGAAAGUCUAAUGUAG